CCAAGUUUAGGGGCUUAUUUACUUCUUUAAAAAUUUAAGGGUUUAAUCAAGAAUUUGAGAUAAGUUUAGGGGCUUAAGGGACAGUUUUGCUUAUUAAAUAUUACUAUUUCAAUUAAACCACAAUGCAUUUCCCUGCAGCAGCUAACAGAGUUACCUGUAGCUGCCAAAUCUUACGGAAUCUCUCGUUAUUGACUUUUCUGUUAUUCCCACUCAUAGAAAUUGAAUCUGAAAAGCAUCUUCAACAAUUCCCAAAAUCUGAGGAAGGCUGAGUCAGUGAAAGACAGAUGGGGAUAAAGUUGUUCUUGGUCGGAUUGGCGCCAUUUGCAGCGAUGGUGUCGUUGGAGUGUCUGGAAGUUGGCUUGAACACUCUCAACAAAGCAGCCACGUCAAAGGGGACGAGUUCCUUUGUCUUGGUUGUUUAUGGAAAUGCUUUGGGCUCUCUCAUCCUCCUCCCCAUUGCAUUCUUCCUCAAUUGCUCUUUCCCAUCAUCAACAAGAUCCACUUAAUCUCUAUGUAUGUAUUGUUGAGUUUUUAGUUUUUGCGGUGCUAAAUGGUUCUACUUAUGUAUGCAGGACAAAGAGACCUCCAAUCAAUUUCUCUGUACUCUGCAAAUUUUUCCUCCUCAGCUUUGUUGGGUGAGAAAUUGUGUCUAAAGGAAGUUACUUUUGUUGAUUUUAAGAAGUGGGUUUGGCUCCUUGAAUGCAGAAAUUUGAUGGUGUAUCUGGGUUUUGCAGGAUUACUGUAAUGCAGAACUGUAUGUCAACUGGUGUAAGAUACAGUUCCCCUACCCUUGCUUCAGCAAUACUUAACUCGAACCCAACUUUCACUUUCUUGCUUGCUGUUAUCUUCAGCUUCUCCUCUUUUCUUCCUUUCAACACACAGAUAGAAUUGGAAAGGGAUGAUGCUGAGUUUUAUUUGUACGCUGCGAGAUUAGAAAUUAAAUUCUAGAGCUUUUA